GUUAAAUACGAUCGUUGAGCAUUCUCUUAGUCUUGAAACGAAAGGAUGGAAGUAACAAAUUAUAUCAGAAUAUGUCGUUUCUUCACGGUGGACAUUUUUGAAUGUAGACCCAUGAAAUAUUGCCUCUUGGCAAUAUCUUUGAUUCUAACACCUUUGAUUCUCCUCCAAGGAUAUUUCUUUUUAAAAAAAUUCGAACUGAAGUAUUUCGUUCAGUACGAGCCGCUUUACAUUCUGUUAUUAUAUAUGGUGGUAUCCAUUUACUGCCAAGCUUACACCACAAACAUUAUCAAAAGUUGCAUUCACCAAAUCCAAGUGUGGAAAAUCGAAGAAGCCACAAAAGAGAUUAAAGGAAAAGUGACGCAAACUUGGAUUUAUAUAACGGCGUACAUGUGCAUGACCACGGCACUAGGACUCCUGGGUGCGAUAUCCUUCAUCAACUGUAUUUUCCGCAAAGGGAAAAUUUUGUCGUGUGGUGUUUCAAACCUACGGUGUUUGUGUUGA